CACGGCCUCCAGACAUGGGGAGAAACGAUUUUCAAACCCCUUCAAAGAACUGAGAAUCGUCUCGCCGAAAGAAGGACCAACAAACGUCCUCACAAUGGCCCGCAAGAAUAACACAAAGGACAAGGCCCAGCCCGGCGUCAACCGUGGGAUGCGCGGUCGCCAGCUCCUCCGAUUCAUCGCCCACCUGCGAGAGACAGACAUAUCCAGCGACAAGAUCACCGCGGCCAUGGAGACCGACCCAGGCCUGCUGUUUGCAAAACAUCUCGCCUCCAACGUGCCGCAAGAGGAUAGCAGCCAAGACAACGAGGAGGAGGAGGAGGAGAGGUUCCCACCCUCGUGGCCGGCACGGGGCACGUUCAAGUCGUGGAUAAACGGCUCUUACAAGGCCUGGAGGGAGGAGUCUAUCCGGAACAAGUCGUUUGACCCUGUCGCUGCUGCGGCCCGGGAGAAGAAGCAGCAGGAAAAGGAAAAGGCCACUCUGGAGAUCAAUAACAACACAGCGGCUGGAGGGUCGGAUCAUGGCAGCGGGGAGCGACACCAAGACCCCGCCGGCGGAGAUCACCUGCCCGGCAAUAAUGUCCCGACCCCGUCGCCCGAUGGCCACGUCCAAUCCAGCGACAAGUCGCCUUCUCCGUCAAUGAACCCGAAGAGAUCACAUCUUCCGUCUACCGGGCCGAGCACCGUGGCCCUGGGAGCCAAGCCGGUCGAGUUCCAGCCCAAGCUCCCGGUUUCGCCUGUGCCGCCGGCUCUUGAGAAGCCGAAGAUCCCACCAGUGCAGCAUGCGGCAUCAGCAGGGCAUAGCACGGUAUCUUCGGGGAUGCCGCCGGCGCAGCAUGACAAGCGCCCGGUUCCGUCGGCGUCGUCUCCAGAAGAUCUGCAUAGGCCGUAUCCAGGGAAGUCAUCGACACCGCCAGUCCAGCCUCCCCUCCCAACGACAGACCACCAGGCCCCGCAAGCCACCAGCACGACGUCCACCGUCUACGGCCAUCGGACCUUUACCUAUUUCGAUUCCGACGGGUUUCCGGGAGAGCCGCGUCCGCCGACUCCGCGCCCGAACAUCCGAGACGCGCUUCUCCCCCAGUCGUGCCGUCCUGAACCUCGCGUCCUGGUAGUGCAUAACAACCCCCCUCCUCCGCGUUCCGACAAGGGCUCUGCACCCGUGCCAAACGAUGCCGAGCAGACUAGGGCCAAGACCAUCGACCACAGGUAUGUCCCCAGCGGAGCCAACCCCGACACUUAUUCCGGACAUGCCAUUCCCGGCCUGGCUCCCGCCCAAGCAAGUGGAAAGCAACCCAGUUUCGGCCCAACCCUCGCCCCAGACACUGGAAAAGGUACUGCCGCAGCAUCCUCCACCGGUAUCUCUGCCGUCGCCGGCCCAGCCACCGUCAUCGGACCGUCCGGUGGUGGCGGUGGUACCGCGCUGACGCGCGAGAACCUGCUGCGUAACGCCGCCGCGCACAGGAACGCCGGGUCGGCUGCGGAGAUGAGGGAGCGAGAUGCUGCUGGGGCUGCUGGGGCUGUUGGGAGGGGUGACCCUGAGGUUAAUGGGGAUUGGUAUAGGUGGUAUGCUGAGGUGCAUAAUCGGAAGAGGAGGGAGGGGUGA